GUACUACUAUGAGUUCCUGUCUUUGCACUCUUUGGAUAAAGGCAUAAUGGCUGAUCCAACUAUAAAUAUCCCUCUGCUUGGAACAGUUCCUCAUAAAGCAUCAGUCGUUCAGGUUGGAUUUCCUUGCCUUAGAAAACAAGAUGGGGUUGCUGCAUUUGAAGUGAAUGUGAUCAUAAUGAAUUCAGAAGGCAAUAUUAUUCUCCAGACCCCUCAGAAUGCCAUCUUCUUUAAAACCUGUCAGCAAGCGGAGUGUCCAGGGGGAUGCAGAAAUGGAGGAUUUUGCAAUGAAAGACAUGUCUGUGAAUGUCCAGAUGGAUUUUAUGGACCUCAUUGUGAGAAAGCACUGUGUGUUCCUCGCUGCAUGAAUGGUGGACUCUGCAUUACACCCGGCCUCUGCAUCUGCCCCCCAGGGUUCUAUGGCAUCAACUGCAACAAAGCAAACUGUACAACAACCUGUUUCAAUGGAGGGACGUGUUUCUAUCUGGGAAAAUGCAUUUGUCCUUCGGGCUAUGAAGGAGACCAGUGUGAAAUUAGUAAGUGCCAUCAGCCCUGUAGAAAUGAAGGCAAAUGUACUGGUAAGAAUAAAUGCAAGUGCUCCAAAGGCUACCAGGGAGACCUGUGUUCAAAGCCUGUCUGUGAACCCGGCUGUGGCCUGUAUGGCACCUGUGUGGAGCCCAACAAAUGCCAGUGCAAAGAAGGCUGGCAUGGGAGACACUGCAAUAAAAGAUAUGGAGCCAGCAGUCUGAGCGCCUUGAGGCCAGCAGGCAGCAAGCACAGGCAGCACAUGCCUUCACCAAAAAGGGCCGAGGAGAGGCAUGUUCCACUGGAAUCCAAUUAUAUCUGGUGAACUCCAACAUCUGAAAUGGUUCGUGUUACACAAAGUUCAUAGCCUUCAUUAACCUCUCAUGGAUUGAAUGUUAAAAUGCUGUUCAUUACAGUUAAGAUUACUGGCUGGAAUUUUAUUAGCUUCAUUAUAAACCACUGAGCUGAUAUUUACUAUUCCUUUUAAGUUUUAUAAAUACUUCUAUAGCAUGAUUAUAUAGGCUGCUUCUUUCAGUGCUUUGGAUGGUGUUUUGUACUAUACUUCAGUCAAGUUUAAACUUCCUGUUUUGAUUAUAUAGGUGCAAAUAUUUUCCAAAAAUUAAGUAACAAUUCUCAAGCAGAAAACCUUGUAGAAUCUUUUCAAUGACUACAGAUCUAAUUUGCCUAAGACUAAAGGUGCAUUUUACAAAUUUUUACAAAUGGUGUACUUAGACUUUUCCCUAAGAAAAAAAAUAAAUAAGUUGCCUAAUUUAAAAACUGAAUAAUCCAAUUUGAUGUUAUUUUUGGACAUAGAGUUUUGUCAAGUACUGUGUAUUAAAAAUACACUGCAGUGCUGCCAUUUAACCAACAUAAUAUAUUGUAAAGAAAGAAGAGCUGUAAUGUAUGAACUUUCUGCAUCAGCUUGAAGCAAUAUAAUAUAUUGUAAACAAAACAGCUCUUAUGUAAUAAGCUUUUUAUACUGAUGGUUACGUAUAAAAUAAAGAUGCUUCUUUAGUUUUUCGA